AAAGCAAGAUGACUUCAACCGAAGAUCUCCUCUACAAGGAGAACCUUCGGGGUAAGAAGUACAUGAUGGGGGUCGGCCCAUGGUUUUACACAAACCUGGCCCAAUGGAACAAGAACUGGCACUGCCCCAGCGAGUCUCUGUGGUACGACAGAUGGAAGCAGGUCAUGGAAAUCAUGCCGGACUUUGUGCAAAUCAUUACAUGGAAUGACUUUGGAGAGUCAAGCUAUAUCUGCGACAUUGCACGGGAGCAGAUAGUCGAAGGAGCAGAGCCAUACGUUUUGGGCCAGUCCCAUGCGGCCUUUCGAUCCGUUUUGCCUUUCUUGAUCUCUGCAUACAAGGCUGGAUCUACCAAGGUCACAUUGGUUCAGAAAGAUAUUGCCAUUGCUUGGUAUCGUACCGCUCCUGUUCGGUGCAUACAGGACAAUGGUACGGUUUGGGGCCAGGGCGGUUCUAUUUUGGCAGCAUGUGGUGCCAGAGACGUCGUUUCCGUCAUGGCGGUCACCAAAGGCGCCGCUUCCAUCACGGUUGCAAUCGGGAAGUCCUACAAAGUCGUGUUUGAGACGCAAGAGCAGGACCCCAUCUCGUAUUUCGAGGUCCCCUUCGGCAGUCAUACAACAGGUGCUGUGGUGAUUUCAAUGAACGGGAAAUCAACAGUAGGGCCAGAAAUAACAGACGGUGCUGGUGACUGCAAUGCUUCUCUCAAUGCUGUCGCCAUUCAAGUUUGAGCAUACGAAGUCAUGGACUUGAGACCAUUUGUAGUAGGGAUUGAGCGAAUGAGAAGGAAGCGGGAAUAGUAAA